GGCUACAAUCUCAACGAGAUUUAGUUCGACAGCUGGUUCGCGAUUUCUGUCGUCACGAAGUGGUAAUGAACGAAUGUCCACAACCAUAAACUACUCCGCAGGGAACAGAUUUCGAAAUUUGAGCAAUAAAUCAAAUCCGAAAGAACAAGAAUCAAAGGACACUAUGAAAUCUGAAAAAGAUAGUCAUCAUGAAUUGUCAAAAAUUACAAACCGAAUAGACGAAGACAAGACCAACAAUAAAUAUCCUGAUAACGAGUUUAUGGUGCUGACCGUAGCGACAAGAGGUACUUCACCGACACCUCCAGCUUCCUCGUCCUAUAUCAGAAAUAGACGAGCGGAGAUUAAUGUCGUUCAUCAAAAAGAAAUAACUAGACUUCGAAAACAGCCGGACACUAUGGAUAAAGAAAUGCAAUGUGAUCAAGUGGAAGAGACAUCAAGAUUCUCAAGGUAUGGCAGCAAUAGAGUAUCCGGUGCUCCUUGGUCUUCAUACUUAGAUAAAUACUCAACAUCAAAUGCAACUGGAAAUCCAUCUACAUAUUCAUCUAGAGGAUUUACUAAUGUGAGUUCGAGUAGUAGACUUAAUAACUUUGCGUAUACGAGAACAAAUGAAAUACCAGCAACCACGAAAAAUGAAUCCUCUGCACAAGAAUUAUCGAGUUCUAAUCAAGAAAGAAGUUUUAGUAAUAAAAAUGAGAAAAAUGAGAAAAUUUGUGAUCGUUUAAAUUCUAACUCGACUAACGAAACUUUAUUAGCGUCCAAUGAUUCGAAGGUAUCUUCGAACGGUCAGAAUACUCACAGUAUUUAUAAAGAAGACAGAAUGCAUGGUAGUGAACAUUGUUGCUACGGUGCACGAAAAACUGAAAUGAACGAGAAUCUCAGUAAUUUGAAAAAUUCCAAUCAGGAUCGAGUAUUUUAUCGCAAAGAAAAUUCAACGAUACAAGAUUCGCAGGAAGUUGGCCGUGAGGAUCGGAAUAAACAAAAAGAUACACCGAAGUGCGAUGAAUGUAAUCAAAAAAGACCAUCCAUUCCACGAUUGGAACGUAUUUCGUCAAAGAGUGAAGUAAAAGUUUCUAAAUGUUCUCCAAAAAUUGAAACAUCAUCGAAAUCCGAAGCAUAUAGGGAAAGAAGAGGAUCUACUCCAAAAUCUGAUGUCAGCUCUUCUUCUAAACCUGAAGAAUCUGUUCGAAUUGUUGAAGGGUAUUGUCAAGAUCAAAAUGAAGAGAUAAUUUCCCAAAACAAUAAUGCUUUGCAAAGAAAAGAUUCGACAUCGAGCAGUUCUUCGCAAAGUCGUUCAAUAUCGAUACCACAAAUUCGGAGCGUAUCGAAAAACACGUCGCGUCAAAUGACGCGAACCGGCUCGUCAGACGGAUCUUCUGUAAGCAUGCCAAUUGGCAGAUCGAAAUCAUCAUCAGCUAGUUCGGUGACGAGUCAGGGUAUAAAAAUAAAAACGGCAACGCCGCCAUCGUCCGGAAAAUCAUCCACCGGUUCGAUCCAAUCGUCAGUGAACUUACGACAAGGCGGUUCGUCGGACGCGCGCGGCAAACCACCUGUACCGAAGAAUGAUACUACGACCGCCGCCACGCCGAAGUGCCUCGUGGCAGCGAAGUAUGUAAAUAAAGACUUCCGCAAGUCGACCUUGAACAUGGAGAACGGCGAUUUGUCGCACUCCAAGUACGCGAGAAGGAAGAAGAGUCAGAGAACCAUCUCCGCCAGCUCUCAAGAUUCUGAACCGACAUCGGAACACAUUCCUCACGAUACCUCUUCGGGGUCCUUAACCUCGACAAAGAACGGUCGAUCGAGGUUCAGAACUUCGUCAGGGGAAUCAAAAUCAACACUCGGAAGAAAUGGUUCGAAUGGCUCAAUGAAAUGGGAAGAAUCGAGAAGUGGAUCAAAGUCACCUUGCGGAACGAAAAAGAGGCCAUCUGGGACAUUGAAUUCCAGCAACAGUAGUCAGUCGACCUCUGCGAGUUCUUCCAGCAGUGAAAAUGAUGACAAUUAUAAAGAUAAAAUGGGUUCGAGACGGAGGAGAAAAAGAACGUCGGAUUCACCUACGCACGAAGUGAGGGGUAAAAUCAGUGCAGGAUCAUCGAGAACAAGCGUAUUGGCAUCGUCGGCCGAUGAUGUAUCCAUGAUGACGGAGAAACCACCUAGGCCGCCUUCUAGUUCAAGAUCUAAAAGUGACCGGUCCGCGAAGACGGAAGAAGCCAUCUUUUUAAUGAGAGCAUUAGCACCAGUGACAAUUUUUAAAAAUAAGAGUCAAGACUCCGAUGAUAUAAGUAAAUCAGCUGGUUGGACUAACUCUUUUGAGGAAAAUCACGAAUUCAGUAACAAGUCAGCACAGUCAUUAUCAUCUUCGAAGUCAGUCAAUCAGAGUCUGUCGAAAGGUCCUAGCUUAACGAAUUCUCCGAGGAGUGACGAAAUAAGAGGAAAUAUUAUGAGAAUUCAACGACAAUCUUCUGGAGAAAAACCAUGGUGGUUGGAUCCAAAUUCCGACAAUGUUCCCGAGGGAGUUCAAAGAGCUAGUCCAUGGAACGAUGAUGUCAGUCAAGAUACAACGAUUAGUAUGGCUUUGCCGGAUGAUGGAAAAUAUAAACUCAAAAUUUGGCGACAAGAAUCUGGAGAACGCUCCUGGUUGUUAGAUGACGUUGCAACGGAGGAAGUGAAGAAAUCAUCCACUCCUGCGUCUCCAAUCUCGACACGAGGAGGUCACUCCAGUCGAGGUAGUUUUCGAUCAGUCGAUCGACGAAGUCGUAUUAAGCAUCAGCAAUCAGGUGAACGAGCAUGGUGGAUGAGUGACGAUCCGGAGAACGUUCCGGAGGGUAUUGAAGUCAUCCCGGUAGCAUCUACCGAUAAUCAAAGUGCUGACAACCCUGUCGAUAACGAGAGCCUUUACUCCUCAAAGCCGCUUAAGAAAAUCCGACAUAUCGAAUCUGGAGAGAAGGCAUGGUGGAUGGACAGCUCCUCCAAUGUUCCUGACGGGGUCGUCAGGAUUCCUGUGGAAAUAUCUAACAGUACUUCCGACUCCUCUGAGUCAUAUGAGAUGAUCAAUAUUGGCGUUAACCCUGAACCUGAGACGCAUGUCAAGAGAAGCCUCUCUAGAUUUCCUAUCGAGUUUCCGCCACCACCGUCCGAAGAGCCGUUGGGAGAUCGUGCAAGUCCAGAAGGGGUCGAGAAUCCGCCUGAUCCACCAGAUAAUUAUAAAGGACGAAAUUCUCCUUACGACAAUGUGCGAUCGACACCCCGAAGAUUGUCACCACGGAAACGACCCUCUACGUUGCCGUUGUUCAUUGGCGAGCAUACCGACAUUGAUGACAUGCUUGGUGAUACAGCUAUCCUGUGCCACAGCCCUGUUCUCUCUCGUGUUCGUAAACAGGAACGCGUCGAAGAGGACUCUUCCGAAGAUGAUUCAGAGUGUGAAGAAAUAGAUGUAACCCAGGUGAUCAUUCACGACAGCACAGCAAAAACACCAGUGAUACAACGAAGAAAUCGGGACGAUAAGAGUAUUCAACCCGAUGGCUACAUUCCGCUCGAUGACACGGCGCUUCAACUGUACAAAGGCGGCGAUUAUGGCGCUUACCUGGACCUCGAAGCCUCCAUAAACGAGCAGCAAGAGGAAUUUGAAGGUUUUCACGAAGGUGAAAGCCGGAAGAACGCGAUCAUUCUCAGGACCCAGCUGUCCGUGAGGGUUCACACUAUCAUAGAAAAAUUGUUGAACAGCGAGGGCCGCGAGCUACGACGGGCUCUCUUCUCCCUCAAGCAGAUUUUUCAGGAGGACAAGGAUCUGGUGCAUGAGUUCGUGCAAAAUGACGGACUUGCCUGUUUGAUCAAAGUCAGCAGCGAAGCCGACCAAAAUUAUCAAAAUUACAUUUUACGAGCGCUCGGUCAGGUGAUGCUGUACGUCGACGGCAUGAACGGGGUGAUGGAACAUGGGCAGACGGUGGAAUGGUUGUAUACGUUAAUUGCUAGUCGUUUUCGGCUGGUGGUGAAGACGGCGUUGAAACUACUGCUCGUGUUUGUGGAAUACGUGGAAACGAACAGCCUGCUGUUGGUCAGGGCUGUAAGGGCGGUCGAUCAGGCUAGAGGCGUGGUACCGUGGAUUAACGUGAUGAAACUCCUAAAGGAUUAUGAUGCCGCCGACACGGAGUUGCUCAUAUAUGCGACAACUUUGAUCAACAAGUGCUUGAACGGUAUUCCCGAUCAGGACACGUACUAUGAUCAAGUUGACUGUCUUGAGGAACAGGGCAUGGAGGGUGUUAUCCAGAGAUACAUGUCGAAACAGGGAACAGAUCUCGACCUCCUCAGACAGUUUCAGAUCUAUGAGGCGGUACUACAUCACGAAGAUGGUGACAGGGGUUCGCCUAUACGUCAAUUGGAUGAUAAUAUUAGAAAAACUUUACGAAAUCGGAAAUCUUUAGUGGAUUCUCAUGAACGACGAAAGUCUCGGAGGCACUCAACGGGUAAUUCGCCCCUAUCAAUGUCUUUGAAUACACGGCUGAGUCCACGGCUAAAUCAUUCUCUAGGCGUGAGCUCGUUGAACAAUACCUUGAAUUCGAACCUACCAGAUGAUGACGACGAAUCUAGUAGUUCUCAAAGUUCCCAGGGUCAUCUAGGUGAAGUUCAACUCAACGGCAGUUAUAAGGAAGUUUCAGUGGAUGUUGGCGUUACACCAGCGUUGAGGCGACGAAGAGAACGCGCGGAGAGACAGAGGAGCUUCAUUAGAGAGCAACAAGAGGCUACUGCAAACUUGAGAGCUUCACUUGGUCACACCGAUGAUCAGGAAAGUCAAUUCGCAACAAACAGUUUGCGAUACACGAACGGUACCUCUUAUGAGAGAAACGCUGAUUCUCCUUCGAACAAGUUGUCCAGAACGAACAGCAGAAAAGACUUGACGCCCUUGAUGAAUGCCGCGAACAAGCUCGACUCGGAGGAGAAGAAGCCAUGGUAUGGCAAAAGUCCCAACGAAGGUGUCGAGUACAACGAGAGUAAUCACACCGAGGAAGACGAGGAUCGUCGAGUGGUUUUACAGCUUAAGAGGGAAGGAACUGUCAAGGAUCUUACGCAGAAGUUGGCAGCACAGAAUCUUAUACCUAGCAGCCCUGUGGAAGAGAAAGUUUCGAGGAUAGGAGAUAUGAGUGGACUAAUCUCAAAAGCAAAAGAGGGUCUAGCAAAGUCGAAAUCAAAAGCGGAUGUACUAAAGUCGCCAACCGGUGAUAAUUUGCCCAAGCUGCAGGAGACGAAGAAAUCUGAAAACGAAUUACACUGGGAGGAACUGGUAAAGAAAUUGAAGAGACCACUGGCGCUUUGCGACUUGGACUUUACCGAUUUAAAUUCCGAGGAUGAGAUCGAUGUGCUGGGAUCUGCCAACGUGACGAACGGAAUGCCACCUCCACCACCACCGAUGGUGCCUACAAAUGGAGAUGCCUUGGCCCCUCCGCCACCACCAUUAGGGGCAAGAUUACCGCCGCCUCUUCCUCAGGGUCCACCACUGCCAUUUGGUAUCAGUUUGAAGAUGUCGAGGCCACUAACAGCUAACGAGACUAGCAGCACACCGAAGAGUCCGCCAUCAUUGCUCGCUAAGAAAAGCAAGAAGACGGUGAAGUUAUUCUGGAAGGAGGUACGAGACGAUCCCAACAUUCUUGCACGGCUUGACAAACACAAGAUGAUCUGGGACGAACUGACGCCCGUGGCCGUUGACACACAGAAGCUCGAGCACCUUUUCGAGAGUCGCGCCAAGGAUCUCAUCACCAAGAAGCAGCAAGAGAUGAACAAGAACAAGGAGAUUAUCGUGUUAAAUCAUAAAAGAUCAAACGCUAUUAAUAUCGGUAUGACCAAAUUGCCACCACCAAGAUCCAUCAAGACUGCGAUUUUGAAAAUGGACGCCACCAUCAUGAAUAGAGAGGGUAUCGAGAAACUUUUGACGAUGCUACCUACUAAAGAAGAAAAGUCCAGGAUACAAGAGGCGCAGGCCGCCAAUCCUGACCUUCCUUUAGGAUCGGCCGAACAGUUCCUCCUGACUUUGACCUCCAUCUCGGAAUUGCCAGCAAGGCUGAAGCUGUGGGCAUUUAAACUAGACUUUGAAAACUCUGAAAAAGAAAUCGCGGAUCCUUUGAUGGAUUUGAAACAGGGUAUGGAGACCUUGCGAAUGAAUAAAACGUUCCGUGGGAUUCUGAGCACGCUCCUUUCGAUCGGGAUAUUCCUCAACGGAAAUGAGGUAAAGGGCUUUCAACUAGAAUACCUCGUCAAAGUACCUGAAGUGAAGGAUACGGUUCACAAGCACUCGCUGCUUCAUCAUCUUUGCCAUAUGGUGAUGGAGAAGUUUCCGGAUUCUACGGACCUCUAUUCUGAGAUUGGUGCGGUAACGAGAGCCUCGAAAAUCGAUUUCGAUGAGCUGGCGGCGAAUAUCGCGAAACUCGAGAGUGAGUGCAAAGCGUCUUGGGACCAUCUCAAGCUCAUAGCUUUGUUUUUAUAUCACAGAAUGUCUGAUUUCCUUGCUGAUUGCGCUGAAAGGAUAAUCGUCUUAGACAUCGUGCACAGACGUAUCAUAAAUCGUUUCCGCAAGUUUAUCCUCUGGCUCGGUAUACCGCUGCAUAGAGUACAGGAUACAAAACCGAACGAGUUUUGUAGAAUUGUAUCCGAAUUUGCUCUGGAGUACAGGACCACUAGGGAACGAGUGAUACAGCAACUCGAGAAGAAAGCCAAUCAUCGAGAACGCAAUAAAACCAGAGGAAAGAUGAUAACAGAGGUUGGUAAGUUUCGAACAAAGGAGGAUCGAGCGGACGCGGAACUCAGACAACUACUUGGCAGUGACAUUUCAGACGUCGAGAGUAUCCAUGGCACUUUACCAUGGAGAAGACAGAAGAAAGACGGUCGUAUAAUUCCACUGGGCCCGGUACUCAGGGACGAAAGUACCAAUGGCAACUUGGCUGAUGGCGUUGAUGAAUUAUUGGAAUCUCUGGUGAAAACUGCCACAAAAACACCACCUACCAGAACCACACCACGCGAGCGCAAGAGGACCAGACACGCCGAUCUGAAGCGCUCUCGCACCCGGGAGAACAACACCACGCCGGAGGGGUAUCAACCCUGAUGGGCCAGAGUUUUCGUGAUCUCUGCGAUUAAGUGCGUAGAACGCUAAAGAACGGUCUCUCGGAAGAGGAGAAGAAACACAUUGCCGCUUACAUCAAGGGCUACUGACUG